AUGGUGCAUACAGUUCCUAAGCUCAAGGACUCUUCCCUGUUGAUAGAAAAAUGUUACGUGAACGGCGAAUUCGUCAACGCCGCCUCCUCAUCGACCUUCGAAGUGCACGACCCUUCCACGGGAAAGAGAAUAGGCAGGUGUCCUGAAUUCAAUGCUUCGGACACGGAGAAAGCCAUUUCUGCUGCGGCGGAGGCAUUCAAAUACUUCCGAAGAAUUCUUCCUCGGGAACGAUCCCGCAUGCUUCGGAAGUGGUUCAACCUUAUGACGGAGAACGUGGAAGACAUCGCGACUCUUAUUACUUGGGAGAACGGCAAACCACUCGCCGACGCAAAAGGUGAAGCUACAUAUGCCGCCAGUUUCCUCGAGUGGUUUUCAGAAGAGGCGCCGCGUACAUAUGGCGACACAAUUGGGGCUUCCGUUCCAGGGAAUCGCGUGCUUACCAUUAAACAACCUGUUGGAGUCUGUGGUCUCAUAACACCAUGGAACUUUCCUGCAGCAAUGAUUACCCGCAAGAUCGGUCCUGCACUUGCGGCUGGUUGUGCUGUGGUGGCCAAAUCCCCAGGCGAGACACCCUUCACUGCCAACGCACUGGCUGAACUGUCGCGGCGGGCCGGCAUCCCCCCGGGAGUGGUCAACAUCAUUACUGCACACAAGAAUACAGCCGAAGUUGGCGAAACUCUUACGACUUCUCCAAUCGUGAAAAAGGUGUCAUUCACAGGCAGUACCAACGUUGGCAAACUGCUUAUGAAACAGUCCGCGUCGAGUCUUAAGAAACUUUCAUUCGAGUUGGGAGGAAAUGCUCCAUUUAUUGUCUUCGAUGAUUGUGCAGAUAUCAAUGCCGCUGUGGCCGGUGCAAUUGCUUCCAAAUUCCGCUCCUCGGGUCAAACCUGCGUGUGCGCUAACAGAAUCUACGUGCAGAGCGGUAUCUAUGAUCAAUUUGCACAGAAGAUGGCCGAGAAGGUCAAGGAGUUUAAGGUUGGCUUUGGCUUCGACGUAGGGACCACGCAUGGGCCUGUUAUCCAUGGUCGUGCCGUUAGCAAAGUGGAAGGACACGUCAAGGAUGCUGUUAGCAAGGGUGCCCAAGUCGUUGUGGGCGGACAGAAAAUGCCAGACCUGGGAGACAACUUCUUCCAGCCUACGGUUUUAACCGGGCUGAAGAACGAUAUGCAGCUGGCCGGAGAAGAAACAUUUGGACCUGUUGCAGGACUGUUCUCCUUCGAGACGGAGAAGGAGGUGGUAGAGCUUGCGAAUCAAGCGGAAGUGGGCUUGGCGGGAUAUUUCUUCAGCAGAAGUGUGGACCGAAUAUGGAGAAUUGCGGAAGCACUUGAGGUGGGUAUGGUAGGUGUCAAUACAGGGCUGAUCAGUGAUUCUGCCACGCCCUUUGGUGGGGUGAAACAGUCUGGAUUUGGUAGAGAAGGUAGCAAAUAUGGGAUUGAGGAGUAUAUGAUCAUCAAGACCAUUACGAUGGGUGGCUGUGGUGGCGAGCUGCAGAGAUGA